AUGUCAAAUAUCGAUGAAUCAACUGUCGUGCGUGGUCGUGAUCUUGAGAUGGACGUGAUCCGGGUGUUGACAAGACUGGGUGUUCCGGCUAACCAUAAACUGGAAGCACAUCGGGCCAUCAUAGAAGUCCCUAGUCAGGACCAGGGUGAACGUCCUUCUACUAGUAUUCUAUUUGACGAAAGACGUUAUCCCGGAGAUAAUGGGAUUGAUGUAUUUGGGCCCUAUAAAAAAUAUAUAUUGGUGUUUCAAUGCAAAAAUUAUACUAGUGAUCGAAUUGGAAGACGAUAUGUUGCGGAGCUUAUUGGUGUUUUGAACAA